AGCGGAGGCUGCGAGCGCCUCCGCCGCCAGAGAAGACCGGAGCUCGGUCCGAGCCAGUCUGCGGCGCCCGGGCCUGGCCGGCUGCUUCUUGCCCCGGCCGCCGCCCCCGCCCGCGCCCUCGCCGCCGCAGACUCCGCCGAGGCGGGCGCGGCGGAACGCGAGGCCACCCGGCCCUGCGAGGCCCGGCGCGGCCCGGAGCCGCGGCGCGGAGGUUCCUCGGGAAGCCGUCACACUUUCCUUCCCACUGUGGUUUUGGGAGCACGGAGGCGUUGUCACCCCUUUGGUCUGGUUCACUGUGUGUGGCUGGGAGUGUUUGCUGAUCGCUUGGAGUGCUGUUCCCUAGAACAGGAAGAAUAAGAUUGAGGACCCUGUAGUGGACCAUGAGUCGGUAAUGCCCCCUGAGGGCCUCUGGGAGCCAUGUCAGACGAAUCCGCCUCAGGGAGCGAUCCAGACCUGGACCCGGACGUGGAGCUGGAGGAUGCGGAAGAGGAGGAGGAGGAGGAGGAGGUGGCAGUGGAGGAGCACAGCAGGGAUGACGAGGAAGACCUGCUGGACGACCCAUCCCUGGAGGACAUGUGUGGCACGGAGUGUGCCCCGCUGGGGGAAGACGGGCAGCGGCCGCCGCGGUGCACUUCAACUACCUCAUCUCAGUCUGAGCCUUCAGAGCAGCUUAGGCGCCCCCAAGGCAAGAGCCUAGCCUCCGAGGACCCCAAAAAGAAGAGAGCUCAGAAGCCCUCCCACAUGAGGAGGAACAUACGAAAGCUGCUCCGGGAGGAUCAGUUGGAGCCAGUUACCAAAGCAGCGCAGCAAGAGGAGUUGGAAAGAAGGAAACGUCUGGAGCAGCAGAGGAAGGACUAUGCGGCUCCCAUUCCCACCGUCCCCUUGGAGUUUCUGCCCGAGGAAAUCGUCUUAAGAGCGAGUGAUGGUCCGCAGCUGCCUCCUCGGGUCUUGGCCCAGGAAGUCAUUUGUUUGGACAGCAGCAGUGGCAGUGAGGACGAAAAAAGCAGUCGAGACGAGGUGAUUGAGCUGAGCUCCGGCGAGGAGGACACCCUGCACAUUGUUGACAGCAGCGAGUCGGUCAGCGAGGAGGAUGAGGAGGAGGAGAAGGGUGGCACCCACGUGAAUGAUGUCCUGAACCAGCGCGAUGCUCUGGGGCGUGUCCUUGUGAACCUGAACCACCCCCCGGAGGAGGAGAAUGUCUUCCUGGCCCCGCAGCUGGCUCGGGCAGUGAAGCCUCAUCAGAUUGGAGGGAUCCGGUUCCUGUAUGAUAACCUGGUUGAGUCCCUGGAGAGGUUUAAGACCAGUAGUGGCUUUGGCUGUAUCCUGGCCCAUAGCAUGGGUCUGGGAAAAACUUUGCAAGUGAUCUCCUUCAUCGACGUCCUCUUCCGCCACACGCCAGCCAAAACGGUCCUUGCCAUUGUGCCGGUCAAUACUCUUCAGAACUGGCUGGCGGAGUUCAACAUGUGGCUGCCAGCCCCCGAAGCCCUGCCAGCGGACAGCAAGCCUGAAGAAGUCCAGCCUCGCUUCUUUAAAGUCCACAUCCUGAACGAUGAGCACAAGACAAUGGCAGCGCGUGCUAAAGUGAUGGCUGAUUGGGUGUCAGAGGGCGGGGUGCUGCUGAUGGGGUACGAAAUGUACAGACUCCUCACCCUGAAGAAACCCUUUGCCACAGGCAGACCGAAGAAAACCAAGAAGCGCUCUCACCCGGUCAUCAUCGAUCUGGAUGAGGAGGACCGGCGGCAGGAGCUCCGCAGAGAGUUUGAGAAGGCCCUGUGCCGCCCUGGCCCUGACGUGGUCAUCUGUGACGAGGGGCACCGCAUCAAGAACUGCCAGGCCAGCACCUCCCAGGCCCUGAAGAACAUUCGCUCCCGCCGCCGGGUGGUGCUGACUGGGUACCCCCUGCAGAACAACCUCCUCGAGUACUGGUGCAUGGUGGACUUCGUGCGCCCAGACUUCCUGGGCACCCGGCAGGAGUUCAGCAACAUGUUCGAGCGCCCCAUCCUGAACGGGCAGUGCAUCGACAGCACGCCCCAGGACGUCCGCCUCAUGCGGUACCGGAGCCACGUGCUGCACAGCCUCCUGGAGGGCUUCGUGCAGAGGAGAGGCCACACUGUGCUGAAGAUUCACCUCCCUGCCAAGGAGGAAAAUGUGAUCCUGGUGCGGCUUUCCCAGAUCCAGCGAGAUUUGUACACUCAGUUCAUGGACCGCUUCCGGGACUGUGGCAGCAGCGGCUGGCUGGGGCUGAACCCCCUGAAGGCUUUCUGUGUGUGCUGCAAGAUCUGGAAUCACCCCGACGUGCUGUAUGAAGCCCUUCAGAAGGAGAACCUGGCCAAUGAGCAGGACCUAGACGUGGAAGAGCUCGGUUCGGCAGGGACUAGUGCCCGCUGUCCAUCCCAGGGAACGAAAGUCAAGGCGGAGGACAGCGCCUUGGCCUCCGCAAUGGGAGAGGCCGCCAACACCAAGUUCCUCCAGGGGGUGGGCUUCAGCCCUUUCCAGGAGCGAGGCAACAACAUUGUCACCUACGAGUGGGCCAAGGACCUUCUGACUGACUACCAGACUGGAGUCCUGGAGAACUCUCCCAAGAUGGUACUGCUUUUCCACCUGAUCGAGGAAAGCGUGAAGCUCGGGGACAAGAUCCUCGUGUUCAGCCAGAGCCUGUCCACCCUGGCGCUCAUCGAGGAGUUCCUCGGGAGACGGGAAGCGCCCUGCCCGCCUGGCGCCGAGGGCCAGGGGGCGCAGAAGUGGGCUCGAAACGUCAGCUACUUUCGGCUGGAUGGUAGCACCCCUGCCUUCGAGAGGGAGCGGCUCAUUAAUCAGUUCAAUGAUCCCAGCAACCUCACCACCUGGCUGUUCCUCCUUUCCACAAGGGCCGGGUGCUUGGGCGUGAACCUGAUCGGGGCCAAUCGAGUGGUGGUGUUCGAUGCUUCCUGGAACCCUUGCCACGACGCUCAGGCAGUGUGUCGGGUGUACCGUUAUGGCCAGAAGAAGCCGUGUCACAUCUACCGCCUGGUGGCUGACUUCACCCUCGAAAAGAAGAUCUAUGACCGUCAGAUCUCCAAGCAGGGCAUGUCAGAUCGGGUGGUGGACGAUCUCAAUCCAAUGUUGAACUUCACCCGGAAGGAGGUGGAGAACCUACUGCACUUUGUUGAGAAGGAGCCGGCUCCCCAAACGUCUUUGAACAUAAAGGGGAUCAAGGAGCCGGUCCUGCAGCUUGCCUGUCUGAAGUACCCUCACCUCAUCACCAAGGAGCCUUUUGAGCACGAGUCAUUGCUCCUUAACCGAAAGGAUCACAAGCUGACCAAGGCGGAGAAAAAGGCAGCGAAGAAAAGCUAUGAGGAGGACAAACGCACGUCGGUCCCCUACACCCGCCCAUCGUAUGCGCAGUACUACCCCGCCAGCGACCAGAGCCUGACCAGCAUCCCCGCCUUCAGUCAGAGGAACUGGCAGCCAGCCCUGAAGAGCGACGAGAAGCCUGUGGCCAGCGUGCGUCCUGUGCAGUCCACUCCCAUCCCCAUGAUGCCCCGGCACGUCCCGCUGGGAGGCGGCGUCAGCUGCGCCUCCGGCACAAGCCCAGCCGUGAACUUCCCAAUCAACUACCUGCAGCGUGCGGGCGUCCUGGUGCAGAAGGUGGUCACCACCACAGAUAUUGUUAUUCCUGGACUCAACAGCUCCACAGACGUGCAGGCGAGAAUCCACGCUGGCGAGAGCAUCCACAUCAUCCGCGGGACGAAAGGGACGUACAUCCGCACCAGUGACGGGCGGAUCUUUGCUGUCCGAGCGACCGGCAAACCCAAGGCUCCUGAAGACGGCCGGGCGGCUGCCUCAGGUUCCCAGGGGCCUUCUCUCGAGUCUACAAGCAAUGGCAGACACAGUGCCUCAUCCCCCAACGCCCCGGACCCCGGGGGGCUGGCCAGGCCCGUCUCCCCAGACAGCCCGGAGAUCAUCAGUGAGCUCCAGCAGUACGCAGACGCAGCUGCUGCCCGCGGGUCCCGCCAGAGCUCGCCGAGCUCCGACGCCGCUCUGCCUGGCCCCCCGGCCCAGCUGGUGGACGGUGGCGCUGUGCCUGGGGCCGCCCUCGGGGCUGAGCCUCGACACGGGGGGCAUUGCCUCAACAGUUCCCUCUUGGUGACCGGCCAGCCCUGUGGCGACAGGCACCCAGCGUUGGACUUCAGGGGCCACAAGCGGAAGUUGGUCACACCACCUGCUGCCCAGGAGUCAGCCCGCCGGCGGCCCCGGAAGAGCCACUUGCCAGCCCCCGUGCAGCCGUACGAACACGGGUAUCCGGUUUCGGGCGGGUUCGCCAUGCCACCCGUCUCCUUAAACCAUAACCUCGCCCCGCCCUUCACCUCCCAGGCUGGGGAGAACUCGCUGUUCAUGGGCAGUCCCCCCUCCUACUACCAGCUGUCCAAUCUGCUGGCAGAUGCCCGCCUGGUGUUUCCAGUGACUACUGACCCUCUGGUGCAAACAGGCCCCGUCAGCUCCUCCUCCACGGCUACCUCAGUCACUGCCAGCAACCCCUCCUUCAUGCUCAACCCCUCUGUCCCAGGGAUGCUGCCCAGCUACUCACUCCCGUUCUCACAGCCACUCCUGUCCGAGCCGAGGAUGUUUGCGCCUUUUCCCUCCCCCGUCUUGCCCGGCAGCCUUUCACGGGGCAUGUCCGUCUACCCGGGCUACGUGCCCUCCCAUGCAGGCUGCCCAGCUGGCGGGCUCCUCCCAUCCCAGGUGCCUCCGUUCGACUCUCAGGAGGUGGCCGAGGUGGGCUGCAGCUCCAACGAUGACGAGGAUAAGGAUGACGAUGUGAUCGAGGUCACUGGGAAGUAGCUGCGAGCCCCCUCCACCUCGCUCGGGGCCCCGGCAGUUGCCCACCAGGCUGGAAGGCAGCGACCUGGGCUCUGAGACUAGGGCACUUGGCAGGAGGGAGAAGGCAGAGGACAGAGCAGGCGGUUGACCAUAAUGGCAGGGUUCGGUUGCAGUUGAACAGAAAAGGCCAGAAACCCCAGCGGAACAGCAAUAGUGGGAAAUCAGGGACCCCAACAGGACUGCAGGCCAGGCCGGCCUGCCUCCCCCGCCUGCCUUGCGUAGCCGCCCGCUGGCUUGCCCGCCGUCUGAGUGUAGGUGCUCACGUCCCACUUCUGUCUUUGGGCACAUUCCCUCCCAAGAGACCUGCCUUACCGGGUGACUUCG